AUGAGCGGCCUAGAAGAUCGCCUUAGCGCGGAGCAUUCUGCUUCGAAUCGACCCCCUCACGAAAACGAUCAACAGCAGUCUGCUCUCGACAGGCCGUCAUCGUCUGAAUUCAGAAAGGCCACCGACACAUCGGAGCCCACAGGAUCUCGCGUGUCCAGCCGACAACACCAUGACACCAGCACUGAUGGUCACAGCAUGCGCCCGCCAAUCCUUCCUGCCCCGAAAAGUGGUGGAGGCCUACAGUAUCAAUUGCGAGGCGAAUCGUCGCAGCCUCCAGCGCCUUCGCUACCUCCGGGCUCGAGGCAAUCCACCAGACUUGCUUCUACGAGCAUGCAGAGCAUGGAUCGUCUGAGUGGCUCUUCAGAUUCUCCUUACUCACCAUACUCUGAGCAUUCGUACCGCAGUCUUGCUCCUGCUCCGGCUUAUCAAUCCAUUCCCGCAUUGGGACCUCGCCAUCAUCAUUCCAAACGAGCUGCUCCUCCCAUCUUCACUUCCGACAACGAAAGAGAGCAGCUACACAAUCUGCGCACAGCACCGUUGGCGCCUCCGCCUAAGCUUUCGGAACUGCCGCAACACUCAAGUCGUCACUGGCAAUAUAAACUGAUCAUCCGCCAGCAGCCGCAACAGGGGCGGCUCUGCGGUCUCGGAAGCAAAGACAAACGGCCUUUGGACCCUUUGCCUAUCCUGCAGCUACGCAUCAUAAGCCCAGACGGCACUGAAGACGAAGAAGCCGAAAAUAGCUCCAACCUCGUCCUGCAAGUUUCUCUUUACAAGGAGGACCCCGUGACUGGUACGCAUACGGAAGCAGUACUCGUAGAGACCAACGAUCCAUCGUAUCCGUGGACACGCAUGCUCGAAGGCCGCUUGGUCGCCAGCGCCAACGUCGCUCGUGAUCUUGAUGGUUCCAGAGCCUGCUUCUUCGUCUUCACCGAUCUCAGCAUUCGUCAGGAAGGGCCGUUCCGCCUCGCAUUCAAGCUGUUGGCCCUCGGACCACCGAGCAUGGGACCUGCGUCUGCUAGCGGCCACAUUCUCGCCGAAGCGCUCACCGAGCCGUUCACGAUCUACAGUCCACGACGUUUCCCUGGAAUGACUGAGUCGACCGAGCUCGCCAAGUGCCUCGCUCGCCAAGGCAUCCAGGUGCCCGUGAGGAACGACAUUCGCAAGAGGCAGGAGCAACCAGACUCUUUGACCGCCUCCACCGACGAUAUGAACAAUGUGGAAUGA